UCCUCCGUCGGAGGAUGGCGGCAGCGGCCGCCCCGACGCAGCUGGAAGCCGAGCUCUACUACCUGAUCGCCAGGUUCCUGCAGUCCGGGCCCUGCAAGAAAUCCGCCCAGGUGCUGGUGGAGGAGCUGGAGGAGCACCAGCUGAUUCCCCGGCGCCUGGACUGGCAGGGCAAGGAGCACCGGCGGAGCUUCGAGGACCUGGUGGCUGUCAAUGCACACAUCCCUCCGGAUUAUCUUCUUCGGAUCUGCGAGAGACUUGGACCACUUUUAGACAAGGAAAUCCCCCAGAGCGUCCUAGGUGUGCAGACUUUGCUAGGCGUUGGGCGGCAGUCCCUGUUACGGGCAGCAAAAGACUUCAGACACACGCUAUGGAAAGGAUCUGCGUUUGCAGCUCUUCACAGAGGCCGGCCUCCCGAACUACCUGUAAAUUAUGGGAAACCACCAAACGUGGUAAAUAUAAUUUCUGCCAGGCAAUUAACUGGAUGUGGACGUUUCAGCCACUUGUUCCCAACAUCCACCUACCAACAGAUGAAGAUGCAUAAGAGGAUUUUGGGGCAUCUAUCAUCUGUUUACUGCAUAGCCUUUGAUCGCAGUGGGAGAAGAAUUUUUACAGGGUCAGAUGAUUGCUUGGUCAAAAUCUGGGCUACAGACGAUGGGCGCCUGCUCUCAACGUUGCGAGGACACUCGGCUGAAAUUUCUGACAUGGCUGUUAACUACGAAAACACGCUGCUUGCUGCAGGCAGUUGUGAUAAAAUUGUCAGAGUAUGGUGUCUUCGAACCUGUGCCCCGGUCGCAGUGCUGCAGGGCCAUUCAGCUUCCAUUACUUCCAUACAGUUCUCUCCAGCAAGAAAAGGCACAACACGAUACCUCACUUCUACUGGUGCUGACGGAACAAUCUGUUUCUGGCAGUGGCAUGCUAACACCAUGAAGUUUAAGGAUCGCCCUGUAAAAUUUGCAGAGAGGUCCAGGCCUGGUGUUCAGAUCUCUUGUUCCUCUUUCAGUUCAGGUGGCAUGUUCAUUGCAACAGGUAGUACUGACCACGUGAUAAGAAUUUAUUAUUUGGGCUCGGAAUCUCCAGAGAAAAUGGCCGAGUUAGAAUCUCACACGGACAAAGUAGUUGCAGUCCAGUUCUGUAACAAUGGUGACAGCUUAAGAUUUGUCAGUGGAAGCAGAGAUGGAACAGCAAGAAUAUGGCAUUACCAUCAGCAAGAAUGGAAGAGUAUAGUCCUGGAUAUGGCUACUAAAAUGACAGGAAACAAUGUAGCAUCUGGGGAGGACAAGGUGACUAAGCUGAAGGUUACUAUGGUGGCUUGGGAUAGAUAUGAUGCCACUGUCAUCACUGCAGUCAACAAUUUCCUUCUCAAAGUGUGGAACUCAUCCACAGGGCAGCUUCUUCAUAGCUUAUCUGGUCAUGAUGAUGAAGUUUUUGUUCUGGAGGCUCAUCCGUUCGACCAAAGGAUCGUACUUUCCGCAGGCCACGAUGGAAAUAUUUUUGUUUGGGAUAUAGACAAAGGAACGAAAAUUCGCAAUUACUUUAACAUGAUUGAGGGCCAAGGCCAUGGAGCUGUUUUUGAUUGCAAGUUCUCACCAGAUGGACAGCAUUUUGCCUGCACAGACUCUCAUGGACAUCUGCUACUAUUUGGUUUUGGAUGCAGUAAAUAUUAUGAAAAGAUUCCAGAUCAGAUGUUCUUCCAUACAGACUACCGACCACUGAUCCGUGAUGCAAAUAACUAUGUGUUGGAUGAACAGACUCAACAGGCUCCACAUCUUAUGCCUCCCCCAUUUCUGGUGGAUGUUGAUGGAAAUCCUCAUCCCACGAGAUUCCAGCGGCUGGUACCGGGGAGAGAAAAUUGCAAGGAUGAACAACUUAUUCCUCAGCUGGGAUAUGUAGCUAAUGGUGAUGGUGAAGUAGUUGAACAAGUCAUUGGGCAGCAAACUAAUGACCAAGAUGAGAGUAUCCUUGAUGGCAUGAUCAGAGAGCUGCAAAGGGAACAAGAUCUAAGACUAAUUAAUGAAGGAGAAACUCUUCCAAACCCUCCGCUCAAUAGAUCCCACUCUGUUAAUGGAGCUCUUCGAAGUCCAAGUUUGGAGAUUGCAUCUCCACCAAACGUUGGUCUCCGGAGAAGUGGUCAGAUUGAAGGGGUCCGGCAAAUGCAUCACAACGCUCCCCGAAGUCAAAUGGCAACAGAGAGAGAUCUCAUGGCAUGGAGCAGAAGAGUGGUGGUGAAUGAGCUUCCUCCAGGCAUCAGCAAGGUGCAGGAAGAAUGUAGAGCUGCCAAAGGUGAAAUUGAAAUUGGUUUAUACAGCGUUGAAAAGAAGAGAAAGCCAUCCCACACCUUACAACGGAAUGAUUACCAACCAGGAAGUGGAAGGUCUUUGAGAAGAAACCAACGCAAACGCCAGCACGCCUAUCAAACACGCUCCACGAUAGAACACAGUCAGCAAGGAGCAAGUCAAAACGCACGUGCACGGGAAGAAUCAGACAGCUCCUCAGAGGAAGAUGAGACAGUUGGCACAAGUGAUGCAUCUGUGGAUGAUCCUGUGGCAGCGUGGCAAAGUGAAAGCAGUUCCAGUGAUUCAUCAAGUGAAUAUUCAGACUGGACAGCAGAUGCUGGAAUUAAUCUCCAACCUCCAAAGAGACAAACCAGGCAGGCAGCUCGGAAAAUCUGUAGUAGUUCUGAAGAUGAAAAUAUGAAGGGAACAAAAGGAGUGGAGCAAAAACGAAGGAAACUUAAGCAGCCUAGAAAAAAGAAACCAAGCGGGCUGCUUUCGAUGGAAGGUGAACCCAGUGAAGAAUGGCUUGCCCCCCAGUGGAUCUUGGAUACUAUACCCCGCCGCUCACCUUUUGUCCCACAAAUGGGAGAUGAGAUCAUAUACUUUAGGCAAGGCCAUGAAGCUUAUGUACGGGCAGUAAGGAAAGCAAAAAUUUACAGUAUUAACAUGCAAAAACAACCAUGGAACAAAAUGGAACUCAGGGAACAAGAAUUUGUAAAGACUGUAGGAAUCAAAUAUGAAGUUGGGCCUCCUACACUCUGUUGCUUGAAGCUUGCAUUCCUAGAUCCGAUCACAGGCAAAAUGACAGGAGAAUCAUUUUCCAUAAAGUACCAUGAUAUGCCAGAUGUUAUUGACUUCCUUGUGCUGCAUCAGUUUUAUAAUGAAGCCAAAGAAAGGAACUGGCAAAUAGGGGAUAGAUUUCGCAGUAUAAUAGACGACGCUUGGUGGUUUGGAACUGUGGAGAGUCAGCAGCCUUUCCAGGCAGAAUAUCCUGAUAGUUCCUUCCAGUGCUACAGUGUUCACUGGGACAACAACGAAAGAGAGAGGAUGAGCCCAUGGGACAUGGAGCCAAUUCCAGAAGGAACUGCUUAUCCAGAGGAGGUUGGUGCUGGAGUCCCUGUGACUCCAGAUGAGCUGACAGCUCUUCUCUACAAACCCCAGGAAGGAGAAUGGGGGGCCCAUUCCAGAGAUGAAGAAUGUGAACGAGUAAUUCGGGGGAUUGAGCAACUUCUUUCCCUUGACAUUUCUAAUCCCUUUGCUGUUCCAGUGGACCUUAGUGCCUAUCCCAUGUAUUGCACUGUAGUUGCUUAUCCAACGGACCUCACCACAAUCAGGAGGAGACUUGAAAACAGGUUUUAUAGGAGAAUCUCUGCACUGAUGUGGGAGGUACGCUACAUUGAACAUAAUGCCAGGACUUUCAAUGAGCCAGACAGUCCUAUAGUCAAAGCAGCCAAAAUCGUAACAGAUGUCUUACUUCGCUUCAUUGGGGAUCAGAGUUGUACGGAUAUAUUAGAAAUAUAUAAUAAGGUGAAAGCAGAAGACCUGAGCAGUACUGAUGAAGAGGAGGAGGUGGCAGAAGUAGAUGUAGAUUCAGAUGCUCCAGGAACUUCCUCUGGGAAAAGACGAGUAAGACGACGAAUAAAAAGACAGCCCACGAAAGCAAGUCCUGAUGCUUGGAAAGAGCAAUGCAAGCAGUUGUUAAACUUGAUUUAUGAAAGAGAGGACUCUGAGCCAUUUAGACAGCCGGUUGAUCUCUUCUCCUAUCCUGAUUAUCGAGAUAUUGUUGACACUCCUAUGGAUUUCAGCACUGUGAAAGAAACCUUGGAAGCAGGAAACUACACUAGUCCGUUGGAAUUUUACAAAGAUAUUCGCUUAAUAUUCUGCAACUCUAAAGCUUACACUCCUAAUAAAAAGUCUCGAAUAUACAGCAUGACACUUCGACUAUCUGCCUUAUUUGAAAAUCAUAUGAAAAAUAUCAUCUCUGAGUACAAGUCAGCAAUGCAAUGUCAGAAGAGGAAAAGGCCACGGUACCGAAAACGGCUAAGAAGCAGUAGCAGUUCACCAUCAACUAGCAGAGCAUCUAGUCCAAAAGGGAAACAGAAGCAAAUGAAGAUUCAACCUAAAACCAACCAGAAUACCUCACUGCCUUUGACUAGGACUAGCUCUUCAGUUUCAUCUCACGUUUCAGAUACAACAGAGGAACCUUUGGGUUCAGCCACCGGUGAAGAGUUGGAAGGUCAGCCAUCCUCCUCGGGCUCAAAUGCACAGAACCGAAGUGGAAAUACCAUCGAUCCAGGGAAGAGUAGACCAAUCAGAAGUAAAUUGACACCAGUGAAACAAGAUCACUCUCCUGAUGGACUGCUUACAAAUGGUGACGGCAGAGAACCUCGGGCAGGAGUCAAGAGGAAGCUAGUAAGUGCAUCAGAAGAUGAGCAUCUGGAGGAGGUAGAGGAAGAGGAAAAGAAGAAAAGAGACUUGAAGGAAAAGUCUGGUUUAUCUUCAUCAGAAAGUGGGGAAUCAGCAUCCAGUUCAAGUUCUGAAAGCAGAAGUGGCUCUGAUUCAGACUCUGAAUCAACAUCUAGAACAGAUCAGGAUUACAUUGAUGGAGACCAUGACUACAGCAAAGUUGUGCAAUCCAAAAAACCCAAGAGAAAAAUCAAAAGAAAAGUCACCAGUGGGAAGAGGAAUUGGCAGGGCAGAGGGACAGGGAGGAGGGGUAGGUGGGGGAGGUGGGGCAGAUGGAGUAGAGGGGGAAGAGGUGGAAGAGGUGGACGAGGUUGUGGCAGAGGAAGAGGUGGUGGCAGGGGAGGAAGAAGAGGCCGGGGAGGCAGAGGAGCCUCGCGAGGAGCCACCAGAGCGAAGCGUGCCCGAAUUACAGAUGAUGAAUUUGAAAAUCUGUUUGGAGGACAAUUUGGUGAGAACGUGUUUGGAGGCCGAUUCAGUAGGCCGCCUCGAAUCAAAACAAGGAAUGAGGGCAGGAGAACUGUCCUGUAUAAUGACGAUUCUGAUAAUGACAAUUUUGUGCACACCGAGGAUCCUUUGAACCUUGGUACUUCCAGGUCAGGCAGGGUGCGGAAAAUGACAGAAAAAGCCAGGGUCAGCCAUCUCAUGGGAUGGAAUUAUUGACAGAUGAAAAACUUUGGAACAAUUUUAAAAGAACUUCAAUGGCCUUCUACUGCAGGGAUUUUACCAGAAAAUCUACCAAGCAAGUUGUGCGGGGACUCCACUCAUGUCUCACAGUGGUGCUUUUCCAUUAUGUCAAUUUGCGUUUGUUUUAAAACUUCAGAUCGCCACACUUCAUUGGUCAAAACAAGCCUUAUUCAUUAGGCCUUAAAUUACAGAAAUUCUUCCCCACACACUACGAGUUCAUCGCAUUAAAGAGGCUUCCAGCUUCUCUAUAAGAACAUGAUAUUUUAAAUCAUGAUUAUGACUUCUCUCCCUUGUUUUGUUUUUGUAUAAUAGAAAUAGCACCUUCUUACAGAGUUUUUAUGUGGUUUCUGCCAUAAAUCCUUAUACACAGUAAUAAUUAUAACUUUUGCACAAUACACCAAUCCUAAAGGCAGCUAUAAAAUGUUUACAGUUUCUAUAUUGUAAGAAGGAUCUGGAUUAUUUUAAUCUUCCCAGGCCAAACAGUCAUGAAUUGUGCUGAACUGAAGUAUGUCUAUACUACAGUUACGGGGGUCCUGAUGUGCUUUCUAUCGGUUCUUUAUUCGUGUAAAAAGUGACAAAGGGUUGGUGCCUUGUAAAUAUGUAGCAAACCUUUGAUGUGGUGUGUCCUAUGUGUGCAUUAACUUUAUUAAAAAGAGAAUACUUGAGAAGUAUGAAUAUCUAGACAAAAGGUGCCAAAUGCAAAAGUUACUUGCAUCUAUUUUCUUUUUGUCCUCUCAUAUUUUUAUAGUAUUAAUAGAGAUUGUGCAGCUAAGGGGUAACUUCAACAUUUGAAAGGUUCCUCCUCUUCAAAGCAUAACGUGAUUUUUAAUAGUAGCUUGGCUACCUCUAUUUACAACUACUGGAAACUUAAAAGAAAAUAGAUGCUAUUAUUCAGUAUGUGUUGAAGAAGAGGCAAGCAGGAGCGUAGAGGGAUGGAAUUGCUCGCUGAGUUGUACAGUAACUAUAUCUCCAUUAUAUCGACACAAUGAAAACAAAUCCAAGCAAUGAUCAGUUUUCAGAAGCGUGAUGUUUUCAGCAGGUGGUAGUUUGUGCAGAUAGGCCAACUGGCUCCCACGCAGUUCUGCCACGACUUACUCGGUGCAAAUCUGUGUUUCGUUUAAUUUGUCCCUUGGAGCUGAUGGGGAAGCUGAACUGAGCUCUGUGCCUCUGGUGGCUAGCAGUCCUGAUAACUUUCUGUUCUCGUCCUCCGGACAGACUCUUGUGUCUCAAGCUUCCAGAAGAGAAUUCUUGUUGCACUGUACUUGUUAUACUGAAAACUGCGAACUUGAAAACAGAACUCAUUUUGGUAGUAAUAGUACAGUUUGUGACAGUGCGAGGGAAGUCGGUAGUGUCUUUCCCCAGCGAAAGGCAGCGGCCUCAGUGAGCAGGAACAGGGGAUUUGUCGUGGGGUGAGCUGGAGCUGGGCAGCCUCUUUGCUUAGUAGGGUCUGGUUGAAAUAUAUAUGGGACUUCAGUUUUCUCCUGUUGUUUAAAAGAAUCUGACAGUUCCAGCUUGGUUAAGAGAGUACGUUGGUUUACACAGAGAGAACAAACGAAAAAAAAGAGGUUAGAAAUUUUUGGUGGAGUUUUUCAAGAUUUCUUUUUUUAAAUUUUCAUCCAGUAUCCUUAAGUUCAUCUGUGCACGGCUUGGUCAAUAAUUCUGGAAAACCUCAGGCAGCAAAGAGUGACCCAUGUAUAUUCUCAGAUGCAGAAGGAAUUUAAUUUUUGACUUUCUAUAUUAAGCACUAGCUAUUUUAUCUCGCUUUCCAAAAAUUCUACUUAGAUGCAAAAUGACUUGAAAAAAAAUGCAAAGGUUUAGUUUUGUGAUGGAGGAGAGUAUAUCCUAAAUUGCUCAGAGCAUUAAUAUGAGUUUAUGGUACAGUAGAAAAAUCACACUUUUUUAAUAACUGUUUUGAAUCAGCCAUAAUCCAUUUCUGGACUUAAUUCAGUUGUGUUUUGAUGGAAAUAUAGCGCAGAGGCUCUCCUAGUUCUGUAUUGGGCUUUAAAAUAUAAACACCCGUCCUGUCAUCUCUCUCUCAUAUAUAUAUAUAUUAUAUAUAUAUACAUACAUAUAUAUUUAUAAAAAAAAUGUGUUAUUUCUUUGAUUGGUCCUCCUACAUACGGUAACCAGGAAUAGCAUGUAUGCAUCAGCUCAUAGUCAGAAUCAUACCCAUUUUAGAUCAGUCCUGUUGAGCUAACGUAAACACUAUGGUUUCUGUUCUAAAGCCUGAAAAUCUUGAAAUGCAAAAGAAAUGCUUUUCAUAUAUUUCUGACUGGCCGAAGAUCCACUUACGUAUUUAUUUUGUGUAAGGGUUGGGGGGAGAUAAACACGUGGAUUCCAGAGAAAUCCUUUUAUAAUUUGUGUAUUUUAGCAACAAUUAGAAUAAUAUUAAAUAUGUUCUCAAAUGUAUCUUUUCUAUGUAAUGAAGUACUGUGAAGAUAACAGUGAAGCAUCACUUUACUGUGGCGUAAGUAUUAAUCAUAUGUGUUACAUGAUUAAGAGCUAGACAGCAGGGUGUGCUAGAACAACAGAACUAUUGCUUAUUGUAAAAGAAAAUGUGGGGUUUUUUUGUGCAUGAGAACCUUUUUAUAAGCAUGGAAAAAUAACUUGUUUUUAGCUAUGUUCUUUUCACUUGGUUUGGUAUCUGGGUUCUUUCUCUGAGCUGGGCAGUUGAUUUCUCACGGCCUCGGUCUGUGGCAGAAUAACAACUCUGUAGUAAUUCGGGCGCUUUCUCUCAAACCCCAGAUCCUGCUAGGAGCCGCUUACGGUUGCAGAAAGCCUGACCCCAGCCCAGCAGGUGCAUCAGAAGCAGUAAGCCGAUGUAAGCCGUGCACUGGCACGGUCCCCGACCCCAAAGCCGCGUGCUCGUGACCUCGCUGAGGCGCCAGCAGGCCGCAGUGCCCCGCGCGCGCUCGGGGCCGCAGCCGCUCCUUGCACCUUUACCCAAAGACUCCCCGGCUGGGCCUCAGGAAAGGGUUUGAAGGGCUGGUGAUUUGUCAGCUUCCUGAGGCUAGCGAGGUGCGUGGGCAGGCCAUGGCUUCCUUCCUGCCCUAGGAGUAGUUGCUGGGCACCAGCGCUUCGAGGUUUUCACUAACCCUGAAACCUCGCGUGGGCCUUCCUGCGAGCGUGGGGGUCCUGGGGGCGUUUGGAGGCACCCUGGAAGACGGGGCUUCUGCCCCAGGGGUACCCGCGGCACACUGCCGGCCCCCGCUUCAUCCCCUGGGGAGGUGGGGCUGAAAACCCCGCGUGCGUCCUUGUUCUCAGCUGUCUCCUGCCCACAAGUCUGCUCUCUCUGUAGCACUCCCAUUUCUCCUGGACCAGGGCAUCCAUGACCAAGCUCGUUUUGCGGUUCCACUGUGCCGUCGCAUCAGUUUGGCCCACGCUUGGCCCGCCGUUAGCUUUCUGUCAUCCUUUGGUUUCCAGUUUGCCUGUUCCACCCCCGUUCUCUAGCCUCCCGUUCCUGCCCCGCAGUUUACCUGUGAGACUCUUGGCAUUUUACGAUACCUUGAUGAAUUUUGUUUCGGCUAAACUGUUAGGGUGUAAGACUUAAUUUGUUGCCUGUUGUUUGUCAAGGAGCUGAACUGUCCCGUGACUUGCCACAUUUUUUAUGUCUGCCUUACCUUGUUCUUAGCCCCCUUCCCCAGCGGCUGGAGGUGGAUUAAUUACAAAGGAAAGUUUGUGCUCUUGCUUCUCGGCCACCCCUCGCCCCGAUGGGGCACUGUGCCCACCAUGCCGUGUCUACUGAAUUAUUACUCUUUUUUUUUUUUUUUUCCUUUGCUGCAUGAAUUUAAUGUCAAGUUUGCAAAAGUCGUGGGCUUCCUGCCUCCCAGGGUAUCUCUGCUGGAAUUACCCAUGGAGCUUCUCCGUUGGUGCUUGUGCUGGGGUUGGGUCUGUGCCGUUUUAUCGCUCCUUUGUCCUUGUUUUCUUCAAGCCGUGUCGUAGCUGUUGCAUGGGUGCUCCGCGUUCCCGGUGCCACAUCCCUCUUCUCUCUCAUCUUUCUUUUUUGCCACCGUUAUCCCACCCGUGCUCCCCUCGGAAGCUCCCUGGGGCAGCGGUGGCCUCAGGGACAGCUUCCCGAGGUUCUCCUUCACAUCCCCAGCACUUCGUAAUGCGCUUCUUGGCCAGUUUCCCCAGCCAUCCGGGGUGGAUGUGCCGAGUGCUGUGGGAGGAAGCUGUCCUCUUUUCCGAGCUCUUCUUCUGUCUCAUCCCAAGUAGGAAUGCCUUCUUCGCUUUCAAACUUCCAUUCCUGAACUGCAGAUCACCAGUUUGAGUAAAGAGAGAGCCUGGUGGGCUUAAUGUAGCAUCGAAAAUCUUGCGUUGCUCCUCCUAGUAACAGAAGCUGGCAUAGACGUAAGCAGAGGCCACCCCCAUCAACUCCCCCCUGCAGGUGAACAAGCUAAAUGUAGUCAUUAAGAAAUAAUAACUUGUGGAAUGAUUUUUGGUUGCCUAAAAUCUUGUAUCCGUUGCGUAUUUUGAUUCUCCCUGACCGUGUUUUUAAAUGCACAGCUCAGGUGCUUCUGCGUGCGGGCUGCCGGGUUCACAGAGCACUGAAAAGAGCCGACGUUGGGUGUGUAGUAAAAAUUGUUCUGGAGUAAUUUAUAAAAUAUGGAAAAAGGAACUAAAAUGUAUUGCUUUUGUCAAUGUUGGAGGCUCUGCUGACCUCAGAAAGCAAGAUAACCUUGGCAGGCAUUUAAGAUGCUGCUCCUAGAUGGCUCUGAGUGUCUCUGACAACCGUUCAAAAUCACACAGUACUAACACGAGAAAAUAAGUUUAAAUCACUAAUUCCUGAUAAGGACCCAAGAUUGCUGUUCUGUCUUUAACCUGGGUGGUCAAGGACAGGGAAAACCAAAUUGCUGCAGGCGUCGGGAUGUCUUGUCAGCCCUGACUGGGGUGUCCUGCUACCGCUGGUCUGUGUCAUCAGUUCAGUGUUUUAGAAACGCAUUUGUGAGUUUACAUUUCUUGAUUUAUUUUUUUUAAAUCAUCAUGCAAAGUUUUAUAAAAUGCUAAUUAUUUACACGAUAGACUGAAGGGGCGGUUAACAAUCCAAGGCUAAAUCUCUAUUUAGUAUUGUAGGGAGCUGUCAUUGUGUUCUUACAAGUAUGUAUUAUAGAAAAUUACUGCGCAUGUGCGAUAGAUAAUUUUCAUAUUAGUAUAUCAGAGGUUUACACAUUUGAAAAAAAAACAAAAACAAAAAAAACUCCUUUAUGUACAGUAAGUAACAGCCUGCAAAACUUAGUCCGAAAGUUGUCUUUUUUAGUAUUAGAAAUGCAAAGACCUGUUGGAAGCUUGUACAUUUUUACUGUGUCAUGUCCAGCCCACAGCAAACGUACACAACUGUGCUCUGAGUCCCUGAAAACGUUCCAGUGGAAUUGCUGUCACAGCCUUAACUCUAGUGUUAUAAAAAUGGUGCUUAAAUACAUUUACGUGCAUGGAUGUGGGUACCUGACCAGGGUUUGUGAGAAUUUCAAGUAAAACAAGCUGCGCUUAUGACACUCCUGGCAAAGAACGGCGGCCGCAUGUGUGAAUUUACAGCCUGUGGCUGUCCGGCAAGUGUUUAAGCUCGUGGGCAACCAAGAGCAGUUUGGGUUCUUGGUGUGCUUUUGGGGCCCGGCCACCCUGCUGGCUGCGGGGUCUGGCAGCCGGGGGGCUCGGGCUUCCUCGCCCCGCCGGGAAACCCGAAGGCGCCGAUCCUCUUCUUCAAACGGCCUCCUGAGAGUGUGGGGGCUGCUCAGAUCCACCCCGAGCCCCCGGGCUGAUCCGUGCGUUCUCCGUAGCGAUACUGACAUAGAGCUCUUCGUUCCUCCCCGAGUCCUUAGAGCAGACGUCAUUUAGAAAUAGCCGUUGGUGUUGGAGCAGCGACAUUCACGUGAUUUAGGCUCUACAGUUCAUGCUCUGGAUGAUUUAAAAUACUCCAAAAAUGCACAAAGCUAUUAGAAUUAUGUACUUUAUUGAUUUUUUUUUUUUUUUCAGGUGAUAUUUAUGCCCAUAUCUUCACAUCCGCUAUCUCAGGUCCCUUUAAAUGAAUACUUCAGGGAUUUUGAUGCCACUCGUUGGCAGACCAAAUGUAAUAUUUAUAUGCAAUGAGCUGUUAGUUUUUGUAUUGUACAAAUGUAAAUUUGUAAAGAUUUUUUUCUAGAGUUUUUUUGAAGUCACUUAUGUAAUCUAGGAUGUUUCAUUUUCCAGCUGUGGGAU